AUGCAUGAAAUUCGCUACAAGCUACGUGCAAGGAUCGACUUUGGUGGUAAUUUGGACGUAGACUGGACCGGCGAACUCACUGAUCGCAAGCCAGCGUCUGGCUACGUUUUUAUGCUAUUGGGUGCUCCAGUGAGUUGGGGCAUCAAGAAGCAGCCAAAUGUUUCACUUUUUACAAGUGAAGCGGAGUACAUUGCACUAAGUCUGACGAUUCAAGAAGGCAAGUGGAUCCACCGCUUAUUAUGCGAGACCAUGGCAGCUUCUAACGAGGACGGACCCGAGCUCAUGAUCCGCGAAGACAACCAGUCCUGCAUCAAAAUGGCCAAGAAUCCGGUCUACCCCGUCCGCGCUAAACGCAUUGAUAUCAAGUACCAUCAACUUCGCGAUACAGUCGAGCGCGGUGAAGUGAAGCUUAAAUAA